AUGGGAGGAAACAAAGUUACUGAGAAAGAAUACAAAGACCUGGUGGAAAUGAUGCAAGUAACAGGGCUUUUUGAAGGUAGUACUACUGGUCAUCAUUUCACUUGGUCUAAUAAGCACACAAAGGGUGUUAUUUACUCUAGAAUAGAUGAUAUGUUAGAUGAUAUGUUAGGUAAUGCAGAGUGGUUUCAGAAAUAUCAGGAAGCCAAGGUGUAUGUUAUGAAUCCUCAUAUCUCUGACCAUGCUCCCAUUAAGAUUCAGAAAGCUAGACAAGACUUGCAGAAUGCUCAAGAGCAUUUUAACCAGAACCUGUUAGAUAAAUAUGCUAUUGAGCAGGUUAAGAGUUACACUGAUCAAGUCUUACAUCUAAAUCAGAUGGAAGAAUCCAUUUUAAUGCAAAAAGCUAAAGUGGAUUGGCUUAGAUUGGUGGAUAAUAACAAUGCUUAUUUUCAUCCCUCUAUUAAAGAGAAGAACAAGCAAAAGGGGAUUUAUAAUAUGCAAGCUCUAGAUGGCAGACUGUUAAGUUCCCAGGAAGAUAUUGAGCAAGAGAUUGUUGAGUUUUAUAGCAAGUUGGUGGGUGUUAAGAUUAAGUCCAUCAAUAGUAUUGAUAUUAUGGCUGUUAGAAGUCGGAAGACUAUCAACAGAGGGAGGGGUUACUUUUGA